AUGGCGUUCCUCACGGUUCAAGAGUCGCUAACUUGGGCGAUUCUGUUCUGGAUGGUGGCGUUUCUUGUCUCAGCAGCGUUAGUGGGCAUCGUCAUGUACAUGCUCAUCUGUAUAUCGGACCUUGAAAACGACUUCAUCAACCCGCAUGACGCCGCCAGAAGAGUUAACGGAUUCGUUUUUCCAGAAAUCUCCCUUCAUUCCGGCCUGACCGUUGUCUUCGCCCUCACCGGCCACUGGCUCAUGUUCCUUAUCAACCUCCCUCUCGCCCUCUACCACUUUCACCUAUACCUUAGAAAAGAGCACAUGGUGGAUGUGACAGAAGCUUUCAACCAAAUUAGCGUUCAAAGAAGACGGCAACUAAUUAGAUUCGUCAUCUACCUGACUUUGAUGAUCGCCACGAUAUUCAGGAUGGUGGAGAGAGGGGUGACAGCAGUAAUGGAGAGCCAUGGUGGAGCAAUCCAUGCCAAAGUUUUAGGAAACGUGGCAGGCCUCUCCAACAUGUCUUCUAUGUAG